AGUUCUGUUUUACAGCGGCGCGCUGCGUCACUGCCGAUGAGUUUUGCUGUUACAGCCUGGGGCUGUUUACCCUGUAUCGUGCUCUACGUAACACACAUUUCAGUUCGUGGUAAUACAGGUUCAAAGAGCCAAGACAAGAUGGAGGUUACGGAGUUAGUGGAGUUCUCGAACCUGACCACUAAUCUCAUCAAUAACUUGACGGAUGAUUGGAACCUGACGUUACCGACUCUUGCACCCAAUGUUUCAAUGGAGUUAGUGGAGUACUCUACCCUGACCACGGAUCGCAUCAACAACAUUACAGAGAACUGGAACCUGAUGCUACCGGCACUUGUGCCCAAACGUACCCCUUACUACAUAAACAUAACUUCAAAGGUGCCCAUAGAGUAUGCUAUGCCAAUGUAUGGUUAUGUGACGCCUUUCUUGCUGCCGAUCACCAUAGUGGCCAACACGCUGAUAGUAGUUGUACUCAGCAAGCGACACAUGCGGACGCCCACUAACGUCGUGCUGAUGGCGAUGGCUCUCUCAGAUAUGUUCACAUUGCUGUUCCCCGCCCCGUGGCUCUUAUACAUGUACACGUUCGGCAACCACUAUAAGCCUCUUACCCCAGUGGGGGCUUGCUACGCUUGGGCCUUCAUGAAUGACGUCGUCCCCACACUCUUCCACACCACGUCCAUCUGGUUGACCCUGGCCCUCGCUGUCCAGAGGUACGUAUAUGUGUGCCACACACCAGUGGCCCGUACAUGGUGCACUAUGCCACGCGUGCUGCAAUGUGUGGCAUGGAUAGUCGUCCUCGCAACCCUGCACCAGUUCCCCAGGUUUAUUGACAGAGUGUACGAGCCAGUGAAAAUCUCGUGGCGUGGACAGGACGAUGUCACGGUUUGUAAAGAACGUUUCGCUUACUGGGUGAAGCAUUGGUUGACUAUUGACGUCUACUUCACCUGGUAUUUUGGGUUCCGUGUGAUCUUCGUGCACAUGGUUCCCUGCAUCUGCGUAGUAGCACUCAACGUUCUGCUGUUCCGUGGUCUACGAGACGCCCAGCUCAAGCGUGACAAACUGCUCAAUGAAAAUCGUAAGAGAGAGUUCAAGAAGCUGAGAGAUUCAAACUCUAUCACGCUCAUGCUCAUUGUCAUCGUCACUGUCUUCCUGUGCACGGAGAUCCCGCUCGCUGUUGUAACGAUUCUCCACAUAUUGUCCUGCACUACCAAAAGAUUCCUGGACUACAAUGUGGCCAACGUCUUAGUACUCUUUACCAAUUUUUUCAUCAUAGUCAGUUACCCCAUAAAUUUUGCCAUUUACUGUGGUAUGAGUCAACAAUUCCGAGAGACUUUCAAGGAGCUGUUCAUCCGGGGAACAUUACAGGUCGCUCGCCGCAACGACGAUGGCAGUUCUGGGAGCUCUCACGUCAAUGAGCCCAGGUUUUCCGCAAAAGAGACUAGUUUGUAGUACGACCGUUCCGUAUGAUCAGAGCUUAGUGCCUGCUACCUCACUUGAACUGAUUUUUAACAUAUCUGGAUGCUAAGAGCCAUGUAUAGUCUCAUAACAGAAUCCAUGAGGAACCGAGGAUAAGUACCUACUGUAUUGAAGUUGCAUUGUAGAAUUUGACAAUCUAGAGUUUCUGCCGUUAAACAUGUUUUGCAUUGAUCUUUAUUGUUCCUGUAUCGCAUUAUUGUUUUCGUUUUAUUUCUGUAAUUAAAACAAAUGUCUUAUUCCUUAAUCACUUC